AUGUUUCAUUUCCUUGCAAAACGUUUCGAAAUGCUAUUCAAAACAAUACGGUACGCAAUGAUAAUGAGCGUAAAUGCCGAGUCAGUUCCUAUAUUUACCAUGACAACAACAUACAUAUCAUUUGUUCUUCUGAUCCUGUUCGGGUAUUUUCGCGACAUCGUAGGAAUGCUGUUUCUUACGAAGGGAUAUAGGCAUCUGAUGCGUAAGGGCGACCUACAGCCGAUUUACACCACUUUUGAGAGCUUUUUUAUUCGAAGAUUGUACACACGGAUAAGAGAUUGCUGGAAUAGACCGAUAACCGGAGUUCCUGGCAGAAUCAUACAGGUACUGGAGAGAAAAUCGUAUGACAACAACCAGACGUUUAUCCUGACUGGCAAAAAAAUACCACUGCUGAACCUGAGCUCGUAUAAUUAUCUCGGCUUUGGUACGAAUAAAAUGGAGGUGAUAAAGAACGAUCUUGCCACAGCAGAUUUAUUUCCAAUAAACUAUCCCGGCACAGUUUCAGACAUCGGAACACACCCCAUCAACAGAAACUUGGAAAAGCACAUCGCACGUUUUCUAAGAAAGGAAGACUGCAUCGUUUUUCCCAUGGGAUUCGGCACAAAUUCGUGCAAUAUUCCGAUCAUCAGUGACGAAAAUACGUUGAUACUCAGUGACGAGCUGAACCACAAUAGUAUAAUCUAUGGCUCCAAAAUGUCUCAGGGAUGUAUACGAACCUUUGCGCACAAUGACAUGGACAAUUUGGAUAAACUCUUGCGCUUCUACAUUUCACAGGGACAUCCAGAUACUAAGAAAGCAUGGAACAAGAUCAUUGUGAUUGCGGAGGGACUUUAUUCGAUGGAAGGAACAGUUCUCUCGUUGAAGAAGCUGAUAAUGUUGCGCAGAAAGUAUAAAUUUUAUCUUUUCAUCGAUGAGGCUCACUCGAUCGGUGCAAUGGGUGCAACAGGCCGGGGUGUCGCUGAGUACUGCAACGUGCCAUUCGACGAGAUCGAUAUUUUCAUGGGAACGUUUACGAAAAGCUUCGGGGCCGCGGGCGGUUACAUCGCAGCAGACAAAAAGGUUAUCAACUUUUUGCGUAAUUACAGUGAUUUUUCACUUUAUGGCGAGCAGUUAUCACCAGUGGUGGCGCAGCACAUCCUAACAAGUUUUAAAGUUAUGAACGGUCCGUUUGGAAAUGUGCUCAGGAGGCGACUUAGAGACAACAUAACGAUGCUGAGGAAGGGUUUGAUAGCAAAAGGCUUCGUUGUUUUUGGUGAAGAGGAGUCACCGAUCAUUCCACUGUUGAUAUAUAAUCCGGGAAAAAUGUUUGAGUUCUCAAGGAUGUGCAUGCAAAGGGGGUUGGCAGUCGUUGUCGUGGGGUAUCCUGCAACACCAGUAAUCUCCAAUAGAGCCAGGUUUUGUGUGUCGUCCAUACACACAGAAGAGGACAUCAAGUGUGUAUUAAAGGUUAUUGAGGAGGUGGGCGAAUUACUUGGUAUAAACGUGCUCAAGAAACGUAGGUUCUUCUUUUUCUGA